AAGGAGAGGAAAGAGAGAGAGAGAGAGAGAGAGAGAGAGAGGUGAAGUGAUAAUAGCAAGGUCAAAAUUCACGUCGUGAUCGAUGUCCAAUAAAGAAAUGGGAAAUCCAGGCUUGGAAGCCAUUUCCUUUCAUUUUUAAAAUGAAGAAGAGACUUCUCGGAUAAUGUGUUUCUAUAUAUACACAUAAGGAGUGACGAACAUAACUAUGUUAUAUAUCUACAGCUGCAAAAACUCUCUCUCUCUCUCUCUCUCUCUCUCUCUCAUUGACGUCUAUCACUUGCCACUGCUACAAACGUAUGAGGGAGACGAGAAGGUGUAGCAAUAUCAUCAUCUAAUAGGAAAAAAGAGAAGGGAAGGAUGCAGACGGAGAGAUUAGUGAAGGAAGCAACAGAAAGGAUGGAGGAGAAAGGGUCUGAGAUAAGGUCUGCCAUUGAAGAGCUUUCUCUAUUUAAACAUGAGGAUCAUAUCUCCACCAGGCCUUUUCUAAAUUUCUGCACCUUGGUUUUGCAAGUCCUUGAUAAGAUCGGACCGACUAUGGCAGUAUUGAGACAAGACGUGCAUCAGAACAUUCAGAGAUUAGAAAAGCUACAUGAAUUGGAUCCUUCUGUUUAUUCCAAUUUGGUGGAGAUAUUGAAGAAAGAGAGGGCCGAAGGUAGCGCUAGAAAGGCUGAAAGUUGUACAAGAGCGCUGGUAUGGCUUACCAGCAGGUCAGUGGAUUUGACGGUAGCUUUGUUGGACAAAUUAGCAAAGGACCCAGGGCAGAAUCUGGCACAAGUUGUGGAGGAAUCAUACAACAGCACGUUAAAGCCAUGGCAUGGUUGGAUCUCAUCUGCUGCUUUCAAAGUAGCUCUGAAGUUGUUACCUGAAAACAAGGCCUUCAUCAGUUUGCUGGUAGCCCGCGGGGAGGAUUACACCAUUCUAAUUGAGGAAAUCCACACCUUGGUUUCAUUGCUUUUGCCUCUUCUCAACGAGAUUCAUACACUUCUGAGAACAUUUGGCGUGGACAGGUUAAAGGCUACGUAAGGGAGAAAAAAAGGAAGUCAGGAUUUGUAACAAAUGUCCACAUGUAUAGAGUCUAACUUACGCUGCAACCGUGUGUAUCUUAGUUUUAUUCAACAACAUCUUCUAUAUAAAAAGAUGCUUUUGGGGGGGGGGGGUCUUGUUGUAUCAGUUUAAGAUUGUAAAUGUUACAAACUGGGUUUUGUGAGAAAGCAAUGUACUUCCUGUAGAGGAAGAUCAACUGGUCUAAUGUUCGA